UGUAUCUCUUCUCAUGAGUUCGCGAGUGCACCUGUCCUGUUAUCUCUCACUUUUUUUAAAGGCCAAAACCGUAAUCUCGCCUGUGAAAGUGAGAAUAGAGCGCCUUUUUUAUUUAUUUUGUAUUAUUAGAGACGUUGCCGAAAUACCAGCUUGAGUUUUAGAUCAUCUUUUUUGGAAAUAAUUCCAAAAAUCCCACAAAAUUAACGUCUGAGGUGCCAUGAAACUAAUCUUAGAACGACUCUGCAAGUGAAAGGCCUGAUAAACGUAGCCUUUUGCUUUAUGACCCUUUCGAUGUUUCGUCUGGAUAUGCUUAUCAGUGUGAACAUCUAAUCUUGAUUAAAUCUCUUGGAAUUUUGCUGCCGUCAAAUGUAAAUUACUCGAAGAAAUCAACAUUAUAAGGAAAUCAGUGGAAAGGAGCGAGAUUUCCAAGUGUUUUGACACGUGGAACAUAAUAUCAUCGAAUAGUUCCAAGUUAUAACGGGAAGAGCCGUUGAGACAGAAAACUCUGUUGGAAGAAUACUGCCUAAACAGAGUGCUUCUUUCCUCCACUUCUUUAUGUUCUGAAAUCAUGCAGCUCCCGUGGCAUCACUUGUUGCCAUUUCUGGCGUCAGUGGCUGUUUCCUUCAUCUGGUUCGUGCCGAAACCAACGCCAUCCAUUGGUUCUAUGGUAUGCAAGUGCCUCCCGGUGAUUCUGCUGGUUAUGUAUCUGUUUUACCUGGAAGGAUGGACGGACACCGAAAAUAAGCUGGUGCUUGUGGCGCUCAUUCUGUCUGCACUUGGGGAUGCGUUUUUGGUGUUUCCGAAAUCUUUAGGGCUGCCUGGCGUGGUGGCUUUUGGGUUAGCGCAGAUAGCGUUCACCUGCGCAUUUGGGUUUCGUUCUGUGAGCUGGGUUAUCGGCAUCAUCCUUUACCUGACAGUUUUUAUUGUCUUCUCUGUAAUUAUGAUUUUGGAGGCCAUUCCAUCAAAUUAUCGAGUAGCAGUUCCAAUCUUCAUUCUGUACGGCAUUUUAAUCGCCACAAUGCUGUGGAGAGCACUCGAUAGAUUCCACCUGCAAGAGUUACUCCUGGAGCGGCGGCUGUGCACAGCGGCUGGUGCCAUCAUUUUCGUCGUGUCAGACUUGAGCAUUAUCUUCCUGCAAGGGGCCGGCUUGAUCCCACAGCCUUAUUCGAAGUUUGUAACCAUAGCAACUUAUUACUCCGCCCAGCUACUGAUCACUCUCGGUGCCAGUGAGAAAUUUUGGCUCAAGGAUUAUCCAAACAAGACGAUUCACUAGAAUAGUGAUUUCGGUAAUGUUUUCAAGGAUACUUAGUGCGCAUGCCCUUUGCCUUGUGAAAUGCCCCUACUUUGUACGCGCUCUACUGCAAAUGUUAAGCUUUAAUGAGGUCAUAUUUACCAGUGGCGUAAACUAUUUAUGAUGUUUAUUUUUGUCAUUUAGCUUGUAUAUUAGUAAGUCAGUCGAUAUGAUGAAAUCAGUGUUCAAAGUACGAAUCGUAGAUCAUUCCAUCUCCUUCGUUCUCGGUUCAUGUGCUGUGGAAUGCCGUGAGAAGAGGCGCUUUACUUUUAACUCCUUUAUGCAAGAAUAAAAGCUUUAUCGGCAGAUUUCGUGAGAGCGGCUUUUACUCCGCAUUUAAAAGACCAUUAACACGUACACCUGCCGUCUUGUGCUUUAGCUCCUUUGGUCAUGAGAUUUCCCUUUUUCCUCGAUUACACAGAUGAAGAAGGAUGCAACAACGUCUUCGGCCAUAACCUGAAAAACAACGAAAAACUAACUACAUCGCUUUUCUACUUAGACAUCCGGACAGGAAAUAAUACCGUGGUUGCACAUACAUACGCCACAACACAAACAAACACAUACGUGUAUGUUUAUAUAUAUAUAUAUAUAUAUAUAUAUAUAUAUAUAUAUAUAUAUAUAUAUAUAUCAUA